AUGUGGUGUUUCAUAGGAAUUUUAAUUUUAUGUCCUAUAUCUUUCAUACUCGCUCAAUCUUUACCAUUAUUAUUACUUGUUUCUUUCGAUGGUUUUCGUCAUGAUUAUCCGAAACUUCAUGGACCUUUAAAAAACUUUCGUCGAUUAGAAGAACGUGGUGUUCAUGCACCGAAUAUGAUACCAACUUUUGCAACAACAACAUUUCCUAAUCAUUAUACUAUAAUAACUGGUCUUUACGAAGAAGUUCAUGGUGUAAUAUCAAAUCAAAUGUUUGAUCCAAAAACGAAUGACAUAUUUGAUCUACCAGAUAAUAUGACACAUAUUAAUUGGUGGCCAUAUCCAUCAAUAUGGUCGAUUAAUGAACAACGAAAAGGAGCUCGAUCUGGUGUUGUUGGUUGGCCACAACAUCCCAUUUACAUAUCAAAAUAUAAACCAUUUAGUCGAAAACAUGCAUUUCGAGAUAUGAUUGAUCAAAUGAUACUUUGGUUUAAUGAUCCAAUUGAACCAAUUAAUUUUGGUGCUAUGUAUUUUUUUGAACCUGAUCUAACUGGUCAUCGAACUGGACCUUAUUCAAUAAAUAUGACUAAAAUGGUUCGUGAAUGUGAUGAAGUUCUAGGUUAUUUAUUAGAUAAAAUUGAUACAAAUGAAAAAUUACGUAAGAAUCUUCAUUUAAUUGUUACAUCUGAUCAUGGAAUGGAACAAAUAAAUGGUACAAAUAAUCCAAUAUAUAUUGAAGAUUAUAUUGAUAGAACAAAAGUGAAAGCAUAUGGUGCACCACCAGUAAUGAGUAUAUUUGUUCAAUCAGCAAUUGAUAUUGAUAUUGUUUUGAAAAAUUUAUCGAAAAUUCCACAUUCACAAAGUUAUAAAAGACAAGAUAUACCUGAACGUUAUCAUUAUAAAAAUCAUGAACGUAUUGGUGAUAUAUUGCUUGUUUUUGAAGCUGGUCAUGAAAUUCAUCGACAUCCAUCUUAUGGUGCAAAAAAAUAUAAUUUAAGUCUUAUACAUGGUAAUCAUGGAUAUGAUAAUCAACAUGAUUCAAUGAAAUCAAUAUUUUAUGCAUAUGGACCACAAUUAAAACGAAAUUUUACAUUAGAUAAUUCAUCUUUAUUGUAUAAUGUUGAUCUAUUUGGUUUGAUGUGUCUUCUAUUGAAUAUAGAAAAAUGUCCACCAUCGAAUGGAUCAUUAGAAAAUAUUCAAUCAUUUUUAUUUGAUCCAAAUAUAAUAAUUGAUUUGGAUAGAAUAUUAACUGGCUUUGGUUUAAUUAUAAUCGUGGCUUUUAUAUGGUAG